AUGCGGCUUCGCAAGUUCUGGUACAUAAUUCUCUUGCUGUUGUUUUGUACGACUUUUGUUUUAAACGAUGAAAUUGUGGCGAAAAAGGAUGGAGACGGUUCGGAAAUGGGGAUUGUUAAAAGUAUCUCCAACAAAUUGCUGGUUUUUGCUACUUUGGAAGGAAACUUGGUGGCAAUAGAUAAAAUAUCUGGGGAAAUUAAGUGGAAAAUUAAAGACAAGCCUAUAGUACAAGUACCAACUGAUAUACAAGAUGCUAUUAUUCCAAUGUUGCUACCAGACCCAAGAGACGGUUCUUUAUAUCUCGUGGGAGAUUCUAACGAACCUUUAAAAAAACUCCCAUUUUCAAUACCAACAUUGGUAGCUUCAUCACCCUGCAGAAGCUCGGAUGGUAUUAUGUACACAGGCAAAAAAAAGGACAUCUGGUUCAAGCUGGACCCGAAAACCGGCAACAAGGUGCAAGUGAUAGGGUGGGGGGACGUGCCCAACCCCACGUGCCCCAUUCCCACCAAUCAUUUCGUUUAUAUCGGUCGCACCAAGUACAACGUCAUGAUGGUGGACAGCAAAAACCCCAGGCGGAAGUGGAACGUCACUUAUUAUGACUACACCGCCGCUGACAUGGACGCCAUCGAGAGAAACAACUACGACUACGUUCAUUUCGCUUCGACAUCAAGUGGCCGUUUGGUGACGAUGGAUCGCGUCACCGGUCAAAUAAUUUGGGAUGGCGACGUUGGCAGCCCUGUAGUGGCCGCCUACAUUUUGGACCCCGAGGGUCUUAUAUCCGUGCCCUUUACCAGUCUAGCCAACCACACCAUAACAUAUUUGGCCAGGCAGCUUUUGACCAGAACACAACAGAUGAAGUUGUAUCCAACACUGUACGUUGGUAACCACGGUUACGGAUUGUAUGCCAUCCCGUCAUUGGUCGAUUCAAACGUGGUAACCAUAACGGCAACAGGACCGGACGGUCCCUUAUUAUUAGGGGGCCCCUAUGCGCCUGAGGAACCGCAGCCUUAUGCUGAGUACAUAAUACCAGGGAGAAACUACAGAAUACCAAAAGACAUCUACGACGAUAACUUCCAAAGCAUCUCGGACGACAAAAUGAAAAGCUACAUAAUCGUCUAUACGGGCCAUUACAACGUCCCGGAAUUUUCCGACAAAAAAUUCAUGAUAUCCGGAAAAGCGGACGGCACGAAGUUGAUAACGGACGCAACUUCUGGCGAAACCGUCAAAACGAUGGGCCCUCGAAAUAAACCGGCCAGCAAGCAGACCCAAACCGAGUCCGUCGGACACGACGUCAAAAAGGAGCAGUGGAGAAAGAAAAAUGUUUUUUUGGGUGUUUUUUCAUAUGGUUCUGUAAACAAAACUUACUGUGAUGUUAAACAAUGGGUAAAUCAGCAGGAAAAUAAGGACCUAAAAUUGGUUGUCAUCAUUUUAUCUGGUUGUGUUAUAGCCAUGUUUUGGUAUUUAAGGGCACAAGUGAGAGACAUACAAAAUAUGUCCCAAAAUGGCUCAAAAACGAGUCAACAAUCGUACGGCAAAAAUGGAGCUAUAACAGCAGUGGCAGAAGAAUUUCCAGAUGGGUUGGUAAAAGUUGGCAAAAUAACAUUCCACCCAGAGCAAGUCUUGGGAAAAGGUUGUGAAGGAACUUUUGUCUAUAGAGGUGAGUUCGAUAGCAGACGCGUCGCUGUUAAAAGGCUCCUCCCUGAGUGCUUCACGUUUGCGGACAGAGAGGUCGCGCUGCUGCGCGAGUCGGAUGCGCACCCGCACGUUAUCCGCUACUACUGCAUGGAGCAGGACAAAAUGUUCCGCUACAUCGCGCUGGAGCUGUGCCAGGCCACUUUGAAGGACUACGUCCAGGGCGAUAGGAGCAAAUCCAUGAAGAAAUUGAGGCCUUUGGAUAUUUUGUAUCAGGCCACGACCGGGCUGGCGCACCUGCAUUCGCUGGAUAUCGUUCACAGAGAUAUAAAACCGCACAAUGUUUUGCUGUCCGUGCCCGAUAAUAAGGGCGAAGUUCGCGCAAUGAUUUCCGAUUUCGGACUGUGCAAAAAAUUGCAAGUCGGUAGGAUGUCGUUUUCCAGAAGAUCCGGAGUUACCGGAACGGACGGAUGGAUAGCACCGGAAAUGCUGUUGGGAAACGAAAGAACGACCUGCGCAGUGGAUUUGUUUUCGUUGGGUUGCCUGUACUACUACGUUUUAUCCGAAGGAUCGCAUCCUUUCGGCGACGCUUUAAGAAGACAAGCGAAUAUCCUCUCCGGCGAAUUCGAUUUAGCUGACUUGAAAGGAGACGAUUGGCAGAAACAAGUGCAGAUUCCUCUACUAUCGGCACUAAUUUCAUCCGUCCCGAAAAAUCGACCCGAAUGCAAGGUGGUUCUGAGGCACCCAAUGUUCUGGUUGAGUUCCAAGAUCUUAUCGUUUCUGCAAGAUGUGAGCGAUAGGGUGGAAAAAUCGGGUCCGGAAGAUCCAGUUCUGCUCUCCUUGGAGGACAACGGUCUGUCCGUGGUCAGGGGGGAUUGGAGGCACCGUAUUCACGAGGAAGUGGCUAAAGAUUUGCGCAAAUACCGGACGUACAGGGGGGAGAGCGUCAGGGAUUUGCUCAGAGCGCUUAGAAAUAAGAAACACCACUUUAGAGAGCUAACCAAAGAAGCGCAAAACUACUUAGGGGAAAUCCCGGAAAACUUCACAAACUAUUGGACAAGCAGGUUUCCCCUACUCUUAGUGCAUUCGUGGAUAACCAUGCAAGUAGUUUUUCACGAAAAAACCUUCAGUAAUUAUUACCACAAAGACUACUUGUACUCACUAGCAAAUUAUCAAGACCAAGUUGAUAGUUACAUAAGAGAAAACCCAAUUGAAAUUCUGCCGGAAAAUAAAAACAUUCUGGAACAUUUCGAGAAAAAAAAUAGCGAAAACUACGAGUAUUCUCCCAAAUAUAAUAAUAAAAGUCCUAGAAAAAACGUUCAAAGAAUAUCGUUUCAAGACCAAAGACCUGUAGAAAAUGUGGGUCUAUACAGAAAUCUACAACCCAAUCAAGUGAAUGUAGAAGAUAUAAAAAUAUCUUUCAACGAUUCCAAACCUCAACACAGAAACAACAAUUUGAACUUUCGAAGAAAUUCAAACGCAAAAAAAAAGAAAAAAUCAGAUGAGCCUAUAGUAUGGGCCACAAAAGACAUUAAAGAAUGA